UUUGGCUCAUAUUGAACAAAGGGCGGCGCUCUGCUUUUGCCUGCCCUCACUUUAUACUCCUCCGGUCAAUGUAAGUCACACAGAGCCCGUGGCCGCGAUGACUGGCGCUCACUCUCCGCGGGAAUGAUCUGAUCUGACGGCUGCGGAGUCAGCGGUGCUCUGUGAAGUCAUGGCCGCUCAGUGUGAACCCUUAAGCGGAUACUUACAGCAGCAGUCCGAUCCGGGCUCCAACAGCGAGCGCAGCGCUGAUUCCCCUCUGCCCGUGUCUGAGGAUGACUCCAGCGGACCCACGGCGCCUCCGGACCCCGAGUGGACCGAGGAGAGGUUUCGAGUGGACCGGAAAAAACUGGAGAUCAUGCUAUUAGCUGCCACGGAGGGGCGAGUCAACGGAGGUGAGGACUUCUUUCAAAAGGUCAUGGAGGAGACAGAUACUCAGAUUGCAUGGCCUUCCAAGCUGAAGAUCGGUGCUAAGUCAAAGAAGGAUCCACAUAUCAAAGUUAGUGGUAAGAGAGACAAUGUGAAGGAAGCCAAGGAGAAGAUCAUGUCUGUCCUGGACACAAAGAGCAAUCGUGUGACUCUAAAGAUGGACGUCUCACAUACCGAGCAUUCACAUGUCAUUGGUAAAGGGGGAAACAAUAUCAAGAAGGUGAUGGAGGACACAGGCUGUCACAUCCACUUCCCUGACUCCAACCGCAACAACCAGGCUGAGAAGAGCAACCAGGUGUCCAUAGCCGGCCAGCCAGGGGGAGUGGAGGCUGCCAGAGCCCGAAUUCGGGAGUUACUUCCGCUGGUGUUGAUGUUCGAGCUGCCAGUCAUAGUACAGCUGAACCCUGACCCCAGCUCUCCUGCCAUCCAGCAUAUUUCCCAGACUUACAACAUCUCUGUGGCCUUCAAACAAAGGUCCAGACUCUAUGGAGCAACAGGAGUAGUGCGGGGCUCACAGAAUAAUGCUGCAGCCGUGAAGAGGGGCACGGCAGUGUUACUGGAGCACCUCGCGGGCAACCUGGCCAGCGCCAUCACGAUCAGCACGCAGCUUGACAUUGCGCCCCAGCACCACCUCUUCAUGAUGGGCCGCAACGGCAGCAACAUCAAGCACAUCAUGCAGCGCACAGGAGCGCAGGUCCACUUCCCAGACCCCAACUGCCCACAGAAGAAAUCCACGGUCUACGUGCAGGGAACCAUUGACUCUGUGUGUCUGGCUCGCCAGUACCUGAUGGGCUGCCUGCCACUGGUGCUGAUGUUUGAUAUCAAAGAGGACAUCGAGGUGGAACCGCAGUGCAUUACUUCCCUAAUGGAACAGCUUGACGUGUUCAUCAGUGUCAAACCCAAACCCAAGCAACCCAGCAAGUCAGUGAUAGUGAAGAGUGUGGAGAGGAACGCUCUGAACAUGUACGAGGCCAGGCGUUAUCUGUUGGGUUUGGAGAACAGUGGUGUAUCAGUCCACACUAGCACCAGCAUUAACAGCAGCAGUCCUCCGUCCGCCCCUGCUCCACCUCCACCUCUCAGCUGCCCCGUUGGCCUUGACAUCCUGGCCUCUGCUGGCCUCGGCCUCACCAGCCUAGGUCUGCUGGGACCUACGACAGCCUCCAUGACAGGACCCUCCACCAACUCCCUUCUCAACGCUCUCAACAGCUCCAUCAGCCCAUUACAGACAUCCACCUCUGGAACACCCAGCCCCAAUCUCUGGCCCAACUCACUGGCCAGUCCUGCUAGCACUCCAGGUUUCUCAUCACCCUUGAUGAUCCACCCAGCAACACAGGCCACCCUAACCAGCAUUUUGCUGUCAGGGGUGCCGGGCUACACCCAGAACACUCCAUCCCCUCCACCUGGUCUCGCCCCCAUAGACGCCCAAGUCAACGGAGUAUCAGACUGCAGUAAAGCCGUGUCCCCUCUUAGUAGCAAACAGCCCGGCACCAUGUACAGCAGAAUGUCUGCAGCGUCUCUGGCAGAUAAAGUUCUGACCGCAGCUCAUGGCGACUCUGUGCAGGAAGCCAGUCCCCACUGCCCUUCUGAACCGCUGUCCAGCAAGUCCAGCCAAGACCAAGGAUCGGAUACGUUCGUGGAGGUGGGCAUGCCUCGAAGCCCCUCUCACUCGGGAAACAGCAAUGAACUGAAGCAGAUGUUGGCGUCUUGUAAGACGACGUCAGGAAAGAGGCAAGCCCUGGAGCUGCUUCAGGGCACCAAGAACUCCCUCCUACAUUCAGACUGUCUGUUGUCAGACUCUGACUCCAGCGCCUCAGAGAGUCCAGUGGCUGAUAAACGCGCUCCAGGCAGUGAAAGAGCAGCGGAACGGGCCGCUCAGCAGAAUUCAGACAGAAUCCGCCUGCCGCCCCAAUCCUCCUUCUCCAGCAUGCAGGCGUUUGACUACGAGCAAAAGAAGUUAUUGGCAACCAAAGCCAUGUUAAAGAAGCCAGUGGUGACGGAGGUCCGAACCCCUACUAACACAUGGAGCGGUCUGGGCUUCUCGAAGUCUAUGCCUGCAGAAACUAUUAAGGAGUUGCGCCGGGCAAACCAUGUGUCUUAUAAACCUACCAUGUCAACUACAUAUGAGGGAUCGCCUCUAGCCCUGUCCCGCUCCAACAGUAGAGAGGGGAUGGCGAGUGGCAGUGACUCAGAUAACUGGAGGGAAAGGAAUGGGAGCGGGCUCCCAGCACACAGCGACUUCCCCUCUCCCAUCAGCCCCAAAAGGAAGCAGAACAAAACAGAGCACUACCUAAGCAGCAGCAACUACAUGGACUGCAUCUCAUCGGUGACGGGAACUAAUGGCUGUAAUCUCAACACAUCUUUCAAAGGAUCAGAUCUGCCUGAGCUCUUCAGUAAACUUGGCCUCGGGAAAUAUACCGACGUCUUCCAACAGCAGGAGAUUGACCUUCAGACGUUCCUCACGCUGACCGAUCAGGACCUGAAAGAGCUCGGCAUCACUACAUUUGGAGCCCGCAGGAAAAUGCUGCUGGCCAUUUCAGAGCUGAACAAGAACCGAAGGAAGCUCUUUGAGCCACCCAACAUCCGCUCCUCGUUCCUGGAAGGGGGCGCUAGCGGUCGACUGCCACGCCAGUUCCACACAGACAUUGCCAGUGUGAGUGGGCGCUGGUGAGCCCAUGCCAAUGCACCAACGGACAGCCUGAAACUGCACAAAUUCCCAUUCCCAACUCCAACCUGAUAUACAGUACUGGACCAAAACCCGGACCUUCUGAAACUGUGCCAAAUAAACAAAGUAUAUGGAUCAGAGGUUAAGGGUCAAAGAACUGUUGAAUAUUAUAUGCAGUAUGGUACAUUAUGCAAUAUGGUACUCAUGUUACAAUGAAGGAAAUGUAGUGAAGGAUCUUUGGAGCUCCUGCACUGUGCUUGUAUAUGGAGCAGGCAGAUUUUAUUUAUAUGCUCGUCUUAGGCUUCGACAUACUAAUUCUUUGCACUUUAAAAAAUGCUAAUUAUUUUGUCCAUGGACAGAUUCGCCUGACUAGAUGCGCCUGGAUUUUAUUUAAAGCACUUAAAUGGAUAUCAAGCCAAAGUGUUCUGAACAAAUUAUCCAUAAGUGAAGCUUAUCUCAUCCCACGGCUGCAUUACAGUGAAAUCACCAGCCUGUUGUUAUUACUUAUGGAUCUUAGUCAGAGUAGACGGCAUAUUGCAUUUGACAGAAAUGAAAUGGAGUGUACGUCUAUCCCUCACAGGCUUGUUUUCAUUCAGGUCAAAUUAAAAUAGUCUACCCUGACUGAAUUCCACAGUACAUUGUCUAUAUAUUAUUUCUAAACCUAUAAAUAGUUUGCUCUUAAAGGGAAAAUGAAAAAUCUAAAUUCUUUUAGUGUAUGACUUUAGUUCUUCUAUGGAACUCAAAAGAAGAUACUUCAAAGAAUGUUUCAGCUGUUUUUGUCCAUAUAGUGAAAGUCAGUUUAGUUGGUUCUAGAAGUAUUUUUGCCAUUAAUUUUUUUCCCCAGAGGGAUUAUAUAAAAUAAAAUAAAAAAAAUACUUUUAAAGUGUCAAAAGCUAUGAACCAAGUCACUUUUUGUACAGAUUUGUGGGUAAUGUAAUAUUUCACCACAAAUUCUGCUGUUAUAAACAAAUUUUUUAAAAAUGAUUUUAAAAUACAGCUGCAAGCAGCGUUUACUGGGGUUCAAGCAUUUUAAGGAAUUUGACCACAUAUGAAAAAAGAUAUACAUAUUAUUAUUUAGCAAGCCUGUAAACACCUUAAUCAAUGAUUAAAAAGAGCGUUUUCUGGUAAUUCCAGGUAAUUUACCAUAGAAAUAUGAUGUUUUUAACAUUUAUGGCUGUCAUAGCACCACCUAUAGUCCAAACUCCAUAAAAGUUGGCAUGCCUCUUUAGAAUUAUAUGUAUGGGCUCACCUAAUUUCGUAAAAUUCCGAGUUUUCAUUCAGGAAUUAUAGGCUUUUAGGUAUUUGGCCACACCCAUAUUGUACUUACCCUGUUAUAGUUAUAGUUUUUUUUGAUAAUUAUUGACCUAGAGAGUCCAGAGAAUUGUACUGCAGUGGUUUUGUUGAGAUUGAGCAAAAAACCUAGGAAUAGUUAGCAAAAGUAGGUUUUUAAAAUAUCUUGAAAAAUCUUGAAUAAGUAAUGAACAAAUUGAUUGACAAUAGUGGUAUUUGAGGCAAAAUUGAUUUCUUUCAAAUUUCUCGUAGACCUUUGGGGCCAUGUGUCAAACAGGCCCACUGCAGUUCAUUCUGACUGGCCUCCGUUAACCCCGGAAUAGGUGAUCAAUGUUCAUUGUCCGAUUGCGACCAUGUUUUUCAAGAUACCUACACGUGCUCAUAGACAGCCAUGGCACUUUGGACACAGACACUGCAUGUGAAUUUUUCAAGUCAAUUGGACAAAAGAGUGCAUAAUUAUAGCCGUUUUUAUGUUUUUCCCCUAUUAUAGUGGCCAGACUCUUUUUCUCAUGUAACCUCAGAUUGAGAUCUUACAUAUGCAUAUCGAGUUUUGUGUAAAUAUCUCAUUCCGUUGAAAAGUUAUAGCUGUUUUAGGAAAAUUGUCCCUCUUUCGAAUGUUUUGGCAUCCCUUUGUGACAGUGAGUCGAAAACUCAAGAUUUUAUUUUUUUUGAUAAUUAUUGAUAUUCACACUCCAGAUAAUUUUUCUGCACUGGUUUGGUUCCGAUCAGGUGAAAAACCCUAGGACUAGUUCGCAAACGUAGGUUUUUCAAAAAAUACAAAAGAUUCUGUGACGUUUGAAUCUGUCAAGUGUUCAUCUUGACCCAAGGAUUCCAAUGAUAUAAGACAUCUGAGUUUGCAACAAGUACUUUAGGAGUUAUUAGCGAUUUCAUACAUUUGAUUUCUGUAGCGCCCCCCUCAGGCCGAUCAGGGCAAGCCUUGGUGACAUUGUAAACAUGGUGAAUACUACCAUCCCUCAAAGUUUCAGGUCUCUAUGUGUUUUGGUCAGAACGGAUCACUUUUAGGUCAGAACGGUGAUCUUUGAAAAUCUUAAUUAUUUUUCAGUGCUACGUGCUCGAACCCCUAAUAAUGUGAACAGAUGGCAGAACUCAGAACUAACAACAGUUCUGUCUUUAAAGGUUUAUAAGUUACCAGUAGACCCCACUGACCUUCAAUGUAUGGACAAAAUAUUGUUUUUCAAAGAAGAAGGAAAGUCAUGCAGAAUUAUAAUUUUUGGAUAACCUAUCCGUUUAACUGUUAGUUUUAGAGCUUAAUGUCCGCCUGUCAGUAGUAGCUUUCUCAAUAGCGCCUCAGUUUAGCCACUGACAGAAGUGCAAAUUACACCAGCUCUCUUUCAACCACCUUCCUGAAUGCCACAGACCACAAAUCUUCACAGGCCUCACUCCCCAAACCGAGCUUUUUGUAAAGCCUUGGAAUUCUUCUCAGACCCAAUCACGGCUUAAUCCAUGGCUUUUCUCCUGCACGCGACCAAAGUCUGUGCCGCUUUCUUGAGCUCUAGUCUUCCUACGCCCUCUAAAGCGCUUUGUUUGCUUCUCUCUUCUCCAUCUUCUCUCACCAUUCUUAUGUGAUCCCAACACGCUUGUCAUAUUCUUGAGAUAUUUCCAAAGCGAGUUUUUCGAUUCUGACUAUAUCUAAAGCUGUGAAUGUUGCCAGAUGUACUCCGAAGGAUUGAAACCACCGAGUGCCUUUUGUCUUGCACUGACAACUUUUCCAAAGUAAUCAAAGACUAUCGAUUUCUCAAAGGUACAAAUGUUUUACUAGGAAGUACCACUUACAAGUAAUCUUGCAGUGCAUUGCUUUAUCUUUACAUGUACGGUAUAUAUUUAGUAUUUUCAUUUAGCUCUUGAGUACGUUGAAAUUGUACCUCACAUGAUAGAGGUACUAUUUAAGUUUGUAUUGUGUGUAUUGUCUUAUUAUGAGUGUUUAUAGACUUUUUAGCAGUUUGCUUUGAUAAUUUGCAGACAGUAGCAAUCAAUCAAUCAAUUUGUGUAAUGGUUUGUAAUGUUUGUUUUUUAAUCAGAUUGAGAUGACAAAUGAGUGAAACAAUAGCUCUUGGUGUUGCCUAAAUAGUAAUAAUAAAAUGCAACAGACUAUGCAAAGAAUCACUUUGCCAUUUUAGGUUUAAAUGUUUCAGUUUAAGCACAUACUGUACGCUUUUAUUGGUUGCCUCUUGUUUUUUAAAACGAAUGAAUUUUAUAGACUUUGUUUUCAGUAAAUUGCUUGAUACUGUAUAUCUUAGAUUAGUGCCUUUUAUAUGCAUCAAAUGCCACUUUAGUGAGAGACCAAUUGUAAUUCGUGUGCAGAAUUGUUUUGUUCUCUCUCUAAGAGGGAAAAAUAAGGGACAAAUGACGUCUUAAUAUUCUGACAUGGCCUUCACAUGGCCAGCACAUUUUUGAGUAUUUUUGGCCAAAGUCAAAUGCCUAACCUCUGGGUUAUGGGGUUGCAUACAUCAUGUGCACAAAUGUACAGAGCAGUGAAGUAAAAACGGGAUAUUAAACCAGUAUUGUUCUUCCAAACGUACGUUAGCUGGCCAGUGCCUUGGGAAUGACUUUUAAAAUCUGUGAGCUUGGCACAGAUUUUGUAAUAUACUCCAUUGUAAUGUUCUAUGAUGAUAAAUUUGUAUAAUUGCCAUAAAUGUGGUAUUGCUGAAUGUUCCUUACAAGUUGAAGGUGUUAUGAAAGAAUAAAGCAUAUGCAAACCUUUUCCAUCUUA